AAAAGGAAAUCCUGUUGCGAAAUCACCAAUGUAGAAUAUGGCAACACUGAAAUCGCUGUCAACUAAAGAAAAAACAUGGAGAACAAGUUAAUCUAUCAAAUGCAGUUUUCUUAAUCGAAUUUUGUCUGAAUUUGUAAAUGUGGAGAAAGUGGGUGAGGUCCGUAGUGUCAUUGUUUUUAAAUAUUAACGUUAAUGUGGUUUGUUCUGAAUAAGUUAAUAAUGUAUAAAAGUGGCAUUUGGUAUGCUAAGUGAUUACUUUUGUGACAUAUAUUAAGCAUUUGCUUUGAGGAAUGUUGGAGACGCGGUCUAUGCGUGGAACGGGAGCCUGUAAUGACCCAACCACAACCUCUUGGCAAAACAAAAAUCACUCACUAAAUCAAAGUCGACCACCUCCUCCAGUACACCACAUGGCAGCCAAUAUGAGACACGGUAAAACAAAUCAAGAAGAUGUCUGCUAUGUUGUUGCAAAAUAUGACUAUGCUGCGCAAGGCUCACAAGAACUGGAUUUGCGCAAAAAUGAACGUUAUCUGUUAUUGGACGAUUCGAAACAUUGGUGGAGAGUUCAAAACUCACGAAAUCAAUCAGGAUAUGUUCCAAGCAAUUAUGUGAAAAAAGAAAAACCUUCACUGUUUGACAGUAUAAAGAAAAAAGUUAAGAAAGGCACUGGAUCUAAGACUCUACCAUCAAGUGGAUCACCUUCUCACCAUCACGGAUCUGUAGACUCUCCAACAAUGGCCAGAAGAGUACCAGCUGAUCCAUCAGAGGCUAUUGGAACUGCUGUUGUAAAGUACAACUACCAAGCUCAACAGCCUGAUGAGCUUUCAUUAACAAAAGGAACCCGUAUCUUAAUCUUAGAAAAAAGUAAUGACGGCUGGUGGCGUGGCCAAAGUGGAAAUGUAGCUGGUUGGUUUCCCUCAAAUUAUACCAAUGAAGAAGGCGAUUCCGAUGAAGCUUUACAUACAUAUGCCAUGGCUGAAAAUGUUCUUGAUAUUGUUGUGGCAUUGUAUUCAUUUUCUUCAAAUAAUGAUCAAGAAUUGUCUUUUGAAAAAGGAGACCGUCUUGAAAUUCUUGAUAGACCACCAGCAGAUCCUGAAUGGUUUAAAGCACGAAAUGGUAUGGGUCAAGUAGGGUUAGUUCCACGCAAUUAUCUACAAGAACUUUCAGACUACUUAUCGCAACCUUAUAGGGAUCGUGGGUGCCAUGCUGAUGGCCAAGGCACGGAUUCUCUGGACCGACGUAAUAAUGAUGCGCCAGGUACAACUGAUAGAUGUAAACCGGUUGCAGAUAGGCCACAUCUUUCUGGGAAGCCCUGGUAUUAUGGUUGUAUUACACGCAAUCAGUGUGAUGUAAUACUAAAUCAACAUGGUCAUGAUGGAGAUUUUCUUAUUCGUGAUAGUGAAACUAAUAUGGGCGACUACUCAGUAUCUCUCAAAGCUCCUGGCCGUAAUAAGCAUUUUCGAGUGCAUGUUGAAGGCGCACUGUACUGCAUAGGUCAGAGAAAGUUUCACACUCUUGAUCAAUUAGUCGAUCAUUACCAAAGAGCACCUAUUUAUACCAAUAAACAAGGUGAGAAAUUAUACUUAGUAAGACCGCUACCCAAGCUGACGGGUUCUAAUGGCACAUGAAUGAACAAUAUUGGUACGUUCUAAAAAAUGGUUUCUGAGAUUUAAUUUGGUUCUUAAUUUGAUGCCCUGGAGGAGGCAUUGCAAAAUGAAUUGGCAUGCAAAAUAAGUUUCUUAAAUUAAGAGAUUUGUGAUGAACUUUUUUUUAACUAAAUGAUACUCUUAUAGAACAAAUUCUAAAAGUGGUAUACAAUUAUUGAGUGACGGAAAUAAUUUGAAAUGAAUUUUAAUUUAUAUAAGUGGAACAAAUGCACUACA